UUUUAAUUAGACAAACGGUUUACGCAUUCAGUAGGUAAUUAAGUUGAAACAGUAACAACUGAUUUUCAUUUCAGUUUUCUAGCAUGUUGUGUGGGGUACUUUGUUGAAAUGGAAAAUAAAAACUCAAUUAAGAAGUAUUUCAAAGGGAAAAACAUCUUUCUAACUGGAGGAAGUGGGUUUUUGGGUAAAGCCCUAAUCGAAAAACUACUACGAUCGUGUCCUGAAUUAGGUACAAUUUAUAUUCUUUUACGACCGAAAAAGGGUAAAGGGCUUCAGGAGAGGCUUGAAAAUAUUACAUCAUGUCCGUUAUUUGAUCUAUUGAAGAAAUCGAACCCAGAGAGUAUUAAGAAAAUUGUCCCUGUCAAUGGAAAUACUGCUGAACUAGGACUGGGUCUCUCCUCAGAAGACCGUCAACUGUUAAUAACGAAAGUACACAUGUUCUACCACGUGGCAGCUUCAGUAAAGUUUGACGAUGCCCUCAAAGAUGCCAUAUUUGUUAACGUAAGAAGUGCACGAGAAGCUGCUUUACUCGCCUUGGAAAUGAAACAUCUCGAAUUCCAUAUGCACGUGUCCACUACGUAUUGUAACAUUGACGGUAAAAAAGAAAUUGAGGAAAUUUUGUAUCCUUCACAUGGUAAUUGGAAGGAAGCUAUCGAGGCGGCCGAAUCAUGCGACCCUCAAACGUUCGAUGUACUUGCUCAGAAAUAUAUAGGAACCUUCCCCAAUACUUACACGUUUACGAAACUAUUAGCUGAGCAUUGUGUUAAUGAGUUACUGGUUGGUAAAGUACCUACGAUUAUUUGCAGGCCAUCAGUUGUUGUCAGUACAAUUUUGGAACCAUUUGAAGGCUGGAUUGACAAUUUCAACGGGCCUGUGGGGUUGUUAUUGGCAGGAGGCUCAGGACUACUGAGAACCGUCUAUGGAGGUCGUAAAGUUGAUACAGAUUAUAUAGCAGUUGACAAUGUUGUGAAACUUAUGAUUACUGCGGGAUGGCAUAAAGUCAAUUAUAGUAACAAAGAUGAGCUCUCAAUUUACCAUGCAAGCAAAUACAACCAAGUGGCUAAUAAUCAAGAACAGCUGGUUAAAUUGGGUAAAAGGCUUUACUGGGAUGUACCAUUUGCGAAAAAAAUAUGGUUUCCAGGCAAUACUAUGACCCAUUGUUGGUAUAAUUAUUUUAUUAAUGUUUUGUUAUUUCACAUGAUUCCUGCUGUUAUGGUGGAUUUGUUGCUUAGAGCCUUCGGAUAUAAACCAUUCUUAUUCAAAAUUCAAAGAAAAAUCUACAUAGGCAACAUGGCAGUAUCGUAUUUUAUGUUAAACGAGUGGUGGUUUAUCAAUACAAAAUCCUUCAGUCUUCUAGAAUUUAUACCAGAAAAUGAGAUGAUUGAUUUCAACUUCAAAGUUAUGCCUGUAGGAGAUCAGGCAAUUUAUCAGUAUUAUGCUAAGUCUUGCGAUUAUGCUAGGAAGCAUCUGCUGAUGGAGAAAGGCGAUAUUAGUGAGGAAACACGUGUUAGAACUAGAAGAAUGUACUAUCUGGAUAGAACAAUGAGAUACCUAUUUUAUGCCCUAGCAGUUUGGACAGUACUUUUCAAAAUCAAUAUACUGAAAGUCAUCUGUGGAAUCAUUUGCAAAUAUAUUGGAAAUUUGUAGUAGGCACAAAACUGAAAUGGAUUUUUUCUGUUGGAUAUUUCUUGAUGGGAAAUAUAUGUACCAUAUUGUGGUUUUUGUUAACACACUUACCACCAAUUUGAAAACUUGUAGCUUACCUGAAACAAAAGAAAUAAAUUAGAA